UUUGUACCGUCCAAUUAACUUUUGUACAGACAGGAACAAUACAAACAACUCAACCUGGGCCUUUUUCCACACAAAACAAAACAAGCUUCGAACCCCCACCUCGACCUCUCCUCUCUCGCUGGACCACUCCCUUCACAACCGCCGCCGGCGUUUCUCCGAUCAGUCUGGCCAGGAAACUUGGAAGUGCCCUUAGUUUGCUUAUUGACAAGAUGAUCAAUAAUCUCUGUUGUCGCAACAAGCUAGUUUUGGGAUGGAUGAUGUUAGCCAGAAUGUACAGUAGAGAAACAAUAAAAGAAUAUUUGAACCCCACAGAAGGUAUAUGCAAAAUUUUGAUGUCUCACCCAAAAUCAGGGCUUGACACUGCCCUUGACCAGAGUGGAAUUAGGGUUUCACCUGAUGUUGUCGAAGAAGUUAUCAAGAGAUUCGAAAAUGCUGGUAUGCUGACAUUCCGAUUCUUCGAAUGGGCUGGUAUGCAACGUAAUUACGAGCACAGCAUCAGAGCUUACCACACUAUGAUUGAGUCUCUGGCCAAGAUAAGGCAGUAUAAAAUUGUUUGGGAUCUUGUGAAUAUCAUGAGGAGCAAGAGAAUGCUGAAUAUUGAGACAUUUUGCAUUAUUAUGAGAAAGUAUGCUAGGGCCCAGAAGGUAGAUGAGGCAAUCUACACAUUCAACAUCAUGGAAACAUAUGGCGUGCCGCCAAAUUUAGCGGCAUUUAACGGCUUGUUGAGUGCUCUGUGCAAGUCCAAGAAUGUGAGAAAGGCCCAGGAGAUUUUUGAUAGCAUGAAAGAACGAUUCACUCCAGAAUCAAAAACUUAUAGUAUACUGAUUGAGGGAUGGGGAAGGGAUCCUAAUCUGCCUAAGGCGAGGGAAAUUUUUAGGGAGAUGGUUGACAUGGGUUGCAACCCCGAUAUAGUGACCUAUGGGAUCAUGGUUGACAUUUUCUGCAAAGCUGGGAGGGUUGAAGAAGGUGUUGAAAUUGUUACUGAUAUGGAUGCGAAAGGUUGUAAGCCUACUUCAUUCAUAUAUAGUGUUUUGAUUCAUACUUAUGGGAUAGAGAAUCAGAUUGAAAGGGCAGUUGAAACUUUCCUUGAAAUGGAAAGGAAUGGUGUCGAGGCUGAUGUGGCGGUGUACAAUGCUUUGAUUAGUGCAUUUUGCAAAGUAAAAAAGUUUCAAAACAUAUAUAGGGUUUUGAACGAAAUGGAAUCCAAGGGGGUCAGACCCAAUUCCAGGACGUGCAAUAUUAUUCUAAACAGCUUGAUAGGUCAAGGGCAGACCGACGAGGCUUUUAGGGUCUUCCGGAAGAUGAUUAAGAUCUGUGAUCCAGAUGCAGACACCUAUACAAUGAUGAUAAAGAUGUUUUGUGCCAGGGAUGAACUUGAGAUGGCUCGUGAGGUGUGGAACUACAUGAAGUUAAAACAGUUUGUUCCGAGCAUGCACACAUUCUCUGCACUUAUUAAUGGAUUGUGUGACAAUGGUGAUGUUUCCAAAGCUUGUGUUCUAUUGGAAGAGAUGAUAGAGAAGGGAUUGCGGCCAUCAAGGGUAACAUUUGGGAGGCUAAGACAAUUGCUUAUUAAGGAAGGAAGACAAGAUGUACUUGAAUUUCUUAACCAGAAAUUGAAUCUUCUGGUCAAGGAGCCUUUAUUUGAUUGAUACAUUCUGUUUAAACAAGCUUACGAAAACAAUGAAGGCUCCUGCUGCUUGCAGCAGGAGUUCUGAGAUCAGGUCUUUAUUUUAGCAGGUCACUGUUUCUGUGUUUUCAGGCCACAUUUUCUUGUUCUUCAGAUAUGAUGCCGUGUUGGUAUAUUGUACUGGACUCUCCUGAGGUUUGGGAUUCAGGUAGGCAGAUCCCUCUUGUUUCAAAAAAUUACAGGGGACUUCCCCUCUUGACACUAGUUGAGGAUUGAGGUAUGGUGGUCUAAUUGCAUUUACACAAAUAUAGUUUUUGUCUGUUUGAUAGGAUUUGUACAGCUAUUUUUCUUAACUUCAAACUCUAAUGGUUUUAUUCCACAUGGAUUUCUAUUUCCGAUCAAUGGUAAACUAGUUAAGAAAUUAAGAUUCAAAACUUGAAAUUCUCUCUCUCUCACACCCCAACAUGGUGGUAGCCAGAAGUUGGUAUCACUGCUUCUCCACCGUCUCCCUAUGCUACUAGUUUUGGAAGGAGAUCCUCCUACCUGAGAUAGAUUACAGGACCUUUGGAAUUAGAAGCAUGAUAUUUCCACACGAACUUUCGAGGUGGUCUGACCUUUCUUAGAAGAUGACCAUCAGCUCGAUUAUUAACUUUUUAAACUUUUUUUGUAUUAUUGCAAAUAGUUGUCUAUAUUUGUUAGGACCCUUAUCCAAAUUAGCAAAAGCUUGUAACCGAGUACAUUGGCAAUGCUUUUCUUGAAAAUGUGAAAAGCAAGAUAUUUCCUUGUAUUGGUGUCUACGUUCUCAGACCUUGUUUGCUUAGCAUGUGAGAAAAGCAUCAUGAGUUUCUUUUAUAAACACCUGUUGUUCUGAAAAUAGUUGUGAAGAACUACCUAGUUUGUCAUUUGGACUAUGUCCAACCAUUUCUGCAUCUGCAUUAUUAUGCAACCUUACCUUUUGUUCUUUCUUCCUCUUCCCACUUGUCGUUUUUUGUUCUCUGCUUUUUCCUUCCCUUGGUGGGAGUAGGUUGCUUAAAACCCACAUCUCUCAAGGAGGAAAACAUAUUCUCAUUGGAAUCAUAAUCUACCCACCAUUGUUUCUUUUCUGUCUUUUUUUUGGGAACUGCCAUUAUGAUAUUAUCUAUACUCAUGGUGUUUUGAAAUCAAAGCAAUCAAUAUGGAAGUUGAGAACAAGCACCGAUUUCUUCUGGGCUGUUAACUUGUUGGCAUGCUCAGCUUCAGGCAAGAAAUGGGAUGGUGGAGGUCCAGGAGUUCCUGGAAGUGGUCCAUAGAAGUGGCCCUUUCCGUGGCUUGGACAACGUUCUAGGAAUUGACCAUAGCCUAGCCCUGAUGGUAUGUCUUUCAGAGUGGGAAAGUAUUGAAUGCUUGGAACCAGUUUACAAUAUUGUAGAACUUACACAUCGUGAAUGUUAUUAGAUCCUAUCCGAGGAUAUGAAGCAUCCGCCUUAUAUUAAAAAAUGAACAGACUCCUAUUACUUACUUUUUGAUCAGCAACACUUAUUAAUUGUUCAGGUCCUGUACAAGUGUCUUGUGUUUUUGGUCCGUCCUUUUGUUUUCAUUCAUGGAUUUUCUUAUCUCAAAGUGCAAAUUACGAAAGCAGAAAUGUUCUAUAGUUAUUUUCAAAAAAGUCUUUGGGCAGUAAUUCAUGGGUAAAUGUUAACCUCAACCCACUGGCGGUGGUUCAAGUUGAGAAAGUAUGUUGAAAUAUGUGAAAAGUGAAUUGGAGUUCAAAAUGCUUUUCUCAUUGUUGGAGUUUGUCUCACAUUGGUUAAUUAUCUUUUCCAAAACUAGUAUAUGAGCUUGGGUGGCUUCUCUACUCAUUGCCAAUUGAUCUUGAGUUUGGAUGCUUUAACAUGGUACCAGAGCUAGGGUUUCGGAGAAUUUGCUUCCCCUUGCUUGUGCCAUAAGUGCACCGUUGUUUAUUGUGAUCCAUAUGUUAUGGAUCCUUUGUUUACCUUUCCAUGUGCGAGUUAGGAGUCGUACGUGCGGGGGAGUGUUGGAGUAUGUCUCACAUCGGUUAAUUAUCUUCUCUAAAACUAGUAUAUGAGCCUGGGCGGCCUCUCCACUCAUUGCCAGUUAGUCUUGAGUUGGAUGCUCUAACAUUCAUUAUUUGCAGGAGACAGAAAAAUUAGGUUUGUGGUGGAUGCAGUUGGUUUAGUGCCCCUCCCAGGACUGCAAAACAAUAUUAUGUUCAUCCUUUAAUUGCUUUCGCUAUUGAAAAUUCUGAAAAUAGAGUUAAAAAAUGAAUAACGAAGAAAUUUCAGAAAGUACCAUGUAGCACUGUAACAAAAGCAUGAAAUGGCACUUCUGCAGAGGCCUUUGGAAAGAUGGCUCAAUAUUCUAACGUGUACGGCACAAAUGGCACCGCUUGGCACUUGCUAAUUUACACCUGAUGUGAUAAUGGCAUAAAUGGCGCAUCAGUCUUUCUUCUUUUCUCUUUUUCUGGUCAUGGUCUAGUCUUUUGUCCUUUUGACUCCUUUCUGGUUGCAAAUCCCCUCCUUCUCUCCCUCUGUAGAUCGUCAAGGAUGAAAUAUCAUGUCUUAAAUAAUAUGUGGUUAAUAUUAUCUUGAAAUGGUAAAUGACAAUGUUCAAAGGGAAAAUGUGGUUGGUUAGUUAAGUUACUGAACACGUAAUUUUUUCUUUUAUUUCAUACAAGUAAUACCGUCAGAAAUAGUAUAAUCUCUUCUCAGAUGUUUUGGGUCUCUUGAUUUUCAUCAAUGUUGAAUAACCAAUAGUGAUUUGUUCCUUUCAUGGUCCUUGGCUCUUUCCUUUUCUGGCAUUUAGAACUCCUUUCCAUUAGAACAACUGUAAUUAUGUCCCAUGUCUAUUGUCCACGUAUUAUCAAAUCUUUGGUGCUAUUAAUCAUAUCAUCUGUGGUAUAGAUUGGAUGGUAUUAGAAUUGGUCUAGUCCAGUGUAUUUUGUAAAUAAACAGAGAGUGAUUUUCUGGAUUCUUCUUAAGCAGUGUUUUGCUUUCGCUUUCUUGUCCCCAACAUUCAGCAGAGGUAGGCUACAAACUUGGUCGUAUGUCACCCGGCACACACUGCUUAUUUGCAGUGACGAUUACAGACUGUUUCCACUCCAGAAGAUCAGCAGUCUAGCUAGUCGCUUUAUGGAAUGGAAGGCCAGAAGAUAAAGUAUGUAUCAGUGUGCUAGGGAUGCCCCCACUCAAGGCUGAAAGUUGGCCUUCGAGCUGAAGAGCUUACUGACGAAUAGGCUCUGGCAUAUUCCUGCCACUGGAGUUUCCUCGUCCACUAUACAUCGUUUGGUAAUUAGGUCUCAAGCUUUCUGUUUUGAUGGAAGUAGCCACGCUUUUGAUGUUCAAAGUGCUAUUUAGAUUUUGGUGCAAUUUUUCAGGUGCUGCAUUUGUACAGUUUAUGUCAGUUUAUUAAGAUUUACUCAUAUUGUUCAAUCUUAAUCUAUACGAUUAGACGGAUAUUUCACUUUGUAAGGAAGAACUGAAGCCUGAAGGAUGAAAUUUUGGAUGUAUUCUUCUGAUUUGAAAUCAGCUAUAUAUGGGAUUUCAAUUCCCUUUAAA